UAAUUAUUUCAUUAAUAUCAUAAAUAGCAAGAAAAAGAGUAUCUCUGUCAUAGAUUGAUUGAAGAGCCCUGAAAGAUCACAACUUUAAACUCUUUCUCUCUCUUCUCUCAUUCUCCCUCUUCUUCUCAUUUCUUGGGCUUUCACUUGGGAGGUACUUAAAUAACAUGGCUUCGGUGGCAACAGCUGAAGUUUGUGAUGCUAAUUCACAUUUAAUUCAAAGUGGUGAAUUACGAGCCCUGCAGCCAAUCUUUCACAUAUAUGGCCAACGCCAAGUGUUCAGCGGACCAGUAGUCACUGUCAAGGUUUUCGAGGACAAUGUGUUAAUCCGUGAUUUUCUUGAGGAGAAAGGCAAUGGUAGAGUUCUUGUUGUUGAUGGUGGUGGGAGCUUACGAUGUGCAAUACUAGGAGGCAACCCAGUACAGCAAGCUCAGAACAAUGGGUGGUCAGGAAUAGUCGUGAAUGGGUGUAUCAGGGAUGUUGAUGAAAUCAAUAGCUGUGAUAUUGGGGUCAGAGCUUUGGCCUCUCACCCUAUGAAGGCCAACAAGAAAGGCUUAGGGGAUAAGCAUGUUCCAGUCACAAUUGCUGGGACAAGAAUCUGUGAUGGUGAAUGGCUUUAUGCUGACGCUGAUGGAAUUCUGAUUUCGCGAAGUGAACCUUCUGUCUGAUCUUGUGGUAUGCCAAUUCCGUAAUAACUGUGUCAUUGAUAUAUGUUGAUUGUGAGUGUAAUUCAUGUUUUUUUUUUCUUCAUUCGGAUCUAUAAACAGCCCAAAAUGUACCAAUUUUCAAAGUUUGCAAUAAUGAAGUGUAUGUUAUGUAUCUGAAACCUGGUAUGUCUUAUGCCUCUCCUUCUUUA